GCGGGGCGGUCAGCGUGUAGGGGGCGGGGCGCUGUGCCCACUCUGGGCGCCUAUACCAUGGCAAUGGCUUCCAAAGGGCUGUACACCGUCUUAAGCGAAAACUUUUUUACGUGUCAUAUAUGUUUAGGGGAAUAUAAAGACCCAAGAGUGCUCCCCUGCUACCACACGUUCUGCCUGAAAUGCAUUGCUGACCAUGCAGCCAAAAAUGGUGUCCAGAACAAGUUCUCCUGUCCCGUGUGUCGCCAAGAGGCCCCCAUACCACCAGGUGGGUUAGAAACUCUUGUGAAAAACUUCUUUUUGAAAAAACUUGCAGACUUCACGAAAAGUCAGAGAAAACUUCAGGGGAAACUUUGUGAUUUUUGUAAGCAUAAAGAGGCUACUUUGCUGUGCCAGGGAUGUCCAAAAGCCAACCAGAUGUGUGCUACAUGCCGUGAUUCCCAUGCAUUAAAUGGACAUCACUUUGUACCUCUGUCACAAGUCGACUUCUCAGAACACACACGGGAACAGUUACGCCACGUGUUAGAUAAAACCCAGUAUUGUGAUAAACACGCCGGAGAACAGUUGGCAUUCUAUUGUGAAAACGAUGACACCGUCAUAUGCAGGGAAUGUGUUGUAGAAACCCACAGCAAACACGACUUCAAAAAAGUAGGGGAUGUGGUGAAGGUUCAACGGGAUCUACUGCAAGAGAAGGUAAAAUGCCUCCCAACGGAGACACUGCUUCGCUUUGUAAAGGCAGAAAAGGCCAUUGUACGAACAGAAGAAAAGCUGACAAAAAAUCAAGAAAAAAUUCUUCGUUUGGUGGAUUCUCAAAAAAUUGCCAUGACAAAGGAGAUAAAGGAAAACAGUAAAACUAUUGACAGAGAACUUAACGAUUAUUACCAGCAAGUAGAGAAAGACGUACGUGAACAGACGAACGCGUAUUUAACAGGUGUCAAACAGGUGUUGGAAACGUAUCGAACAAAAGUGCAGUCCGAUUACUGCGAAAUGCAAAAAGUUAUAGAUGACAAUAGCAGCAAAAUAACAGCAGAAGUGAAGACACUCACCUCCACGCAGGUGAAGACUUUAGAAGCUGAAAAGGACAAUCAAGAAAUGAACAGGAUUUCCAUUCAGAGUAUUCGUGAUUUCGUUCAGCAGCUCACAGACACUGGUUCUGACAUAGACGUCAUGACCCACUCUAAAAAACUCCAAACUAAAAUCCAGGAGUUACAGACAUCUGAACCGGUCUUUGAUACCAAGACCACCGACAUCACAUUUACACCAGGGAAAAAAAUGGACCUUGUGCUACAGUUUCCUAAAAUUCCUGAACCACGGCCGCUGUCCAUCAAAAAGGGGUCCAUUACGGCUAAAACUUACCGGGGUCCCUUCGAUGCAUGUUUUGGAAGUUUGAAACAAGAGACAGUAUACUACCCCGAGCUGAUGGAAUUUCAGAAGGUCACAUGGCUCGAAACGCGAGAGCGGCAGAUAUCUUUUUAUGUUGAGAGACUGCUGUUGGACAGCCAGUGCACGGAUGACGGUUGCUUUUUAGUUGCAUGUGGUAUUAUGUUCUUACAGACCGUGUGUGUAUUCUCCAGCACAGGUGAACUUGAAAGAGUGUUUAGUAAAAAGGGAGGGGCGAGGUGUAUCAGUACAGUCAGUAACGAUAGAUUCUUGGUCACAUGCAAAGAUAAAAGUUGUAGACUGUAUUCAACAUCAGGUCAGGUUGUCCAAUGUUUCGGUCAGGGUGAUAUGACUGACCCCUGGGGUAUCACUGUGGACCGUACAGAGGGUAAGGUUUACGUGUGUGAUAGCGGUGCACAGUGCAUCUGUGUGUACGACUUGAAAUCUUUCCAACUUGUUAACAGAAUCCCUAUCCCAAUGUGCAGUAAAUAUUUACAGCGCUGUGCAUACCACCGCGGCAUCAAAGCAAUAAUAGUCAGCGACAACAGUGCCCACUGUGUGUAUGCAGUGACACCCCAGGGUGACGUCAUGUUCCAAUACGGAACGCGAGGUCAGAGUGGAAGUGCAGACGGACAACUGAAUAAUCCACUCGGAGUGUGCAUAGAUAAGUUUGGGCACAUAUUCAUAGCUGACAAUUUUAAUCACAGAGUGGUUGUCCUUAAUCCACGAGGAAGAUUCAUACGAAAUAUUUCGACAAGGCGAGAACUCAGUAGAUUUCUACGUUUUAUGCUGACCGCCGGGAGUGACGACUUUAAACGCCCCGUGUCCGUCAGUAUCAAUAAUAACGGGGAGCUCGCUGUUGGAACUUACACCGGUGCAGUAUCCACGUAUAAGUAUAUAGACUGCAAUUGACUCACAAGAUAUUACACUGUGGUGAUGUUUGAAUUGUGAUGUCACUGAGAAAAAUGUAAUGAACGCACUACACACGUACAUAAGAAAUCUAUUUCUUUCUAUUGUUAUUGAAAGUGUGAAGAAAUUCUAUAUGAAUAUUUUAAUUAAAAUCAAUGUAUGUGUAAAUAUGAAAUGAGGGAUU